AUGAAGCGUCACGGUGAUGAUGAUGAUUUCAACUCGUUCGGUGGCACUAGCGGUGGCCAGGGCACAAAAAUGGGCAAGCGACAGCGCCCGGACAGUUAUCAGGAAGCGUUGGCGGCGGGGAAGUACGAGGCACGGCUGCUUGUUUCGAGCAAAGGGGCCGGUGGAAUCAUCGGCAAAGGGGGCGAGAAUAUCAAGCGACUGAGAUCGCAGGUUCGAACCUUUUUUUGA